CUCGCCGCCGUCAGAACAGAGGACGGACCGCCGCGGUGGUUCUGGUCUUGGACUCGAAAAUGAAGCGAAGUCACAAUUACAGUUCCUCAGACAGCGACCUGGACGACAAUAUCGAGGUGGAGAAAGACAGCGGGGACGAGAAUGGCCAACUUGACUCUCCUCACGACUCCAUGUCACCCUCCACAACGACCCAAGUCCAGGCUCGGAAGAGGCGCAGAGGGAUAAUCGAAAAACGGCGACGCGAUCGCAUCAACAACAGCCUGUCCGAGUUGAGGCGACUGGUGCCAAGUGCUUUCGAAAAACAGGGCUCGGCUAAAUUGGAAAAGGCAGAAAUCUUGCAGAUGACCGUGGACCACCUGAAGAUGCUCCAUGCUGCUGGUGGCAAAGGUUACUUUGAGGCCCAUGCUUUGGCUAAGGAUUACCGCAGUCUAGGCUUCAGGGAGUGCCUGGCGGAGACGGCUCGCUACCUGAGUAUCAUAGAAGGUCGGGACGGAGCAGAUCCGCUUCGCGUACGUUUGGUCUCCCACCUCAGCAGCUACGCCUCUCAGAGGGAGGUGCACACUGGACUCGGACACUUGGCCUGGGGCUCUGCCUACGGGACCGCCGCCGCCCACCUCCCCCACCCCCUCCUCCUACAGCACCCGCAAGGCAGGACUCCUGCAUCCAGGAGCAGCAGUAGUCCCCCCUCUUCCUCCUCCUCCUCUUCCUCCUCCUCCUCCUCUUCCUCCUCCACAUCCUCUGCCCCCUCCUCCACUGAGGCAUCGGUGACACCCCGGCUCGGUGUGAUGACCCCCACCGAGUCCCUCAGGGUGCCCCCCAACGGCACCCUGCCCCUCAGCCUGCAGGUGCAAGCCUCCAAGCUCUCGCCGCCACUCCUCUCAUCCCUCUCCUCCCUGUCUGCCUUCCCCCUCUCCUUCAGCGCUUACCCACUGGUCACCCCAGCUGCCCUGAGCCCCGCCGGCCCCUCCUCCUCCAGCCUGUCAAAGCCUUACAGGCCCUGGGGCACAGAGAUCGGGGCCUUCUGAAACCCCCGCAGCUGGACUGAAGGCAACAGCUGAGCUGUGCCCAACGGCAAACGAGGCGGGACUACCUGGCUCAUCUUGUUUCUUCAGCGGUAAAAGAAGAAAAUGGGGAAGGGGGGGACAAACUGAUUUUAUUUUAUAAGGCGUGAGGAACAACUGGGGGGAGGUCACUAAAAGGGGGGCAGUCGCUUCAUAAUAUGUCAGCGUUCCUUUACUGCAUAAGGAAUACUAAAUAACGUUGUCAGUCAUUAACAAUAAGAAGGUUAGCUAACACACAUGUCCGGGUUGUGGAGUGAUACGAUAGCCGGGCCAUGAAUGGAUUCUCUGUCUUUGUGUGCACCCAGUCAGUGGUAAUAAAGUAUUUUGUACACCAGUCUAUGAUACUGGAUCUUCUACGUUUGUUAGAGCACGGAUGUCUGCAUUUAACAAUGUAGUUGCCGUUAACGGGAUCUGCUCCUUUCGGUGGUGUAAAAAAAAAAAAACUACGUGGAAACGUCGGCUACGCAUCUGGGAAAAGAAAAAACUAACUACUUGACCUUUGCAUCCGUUGAUCUAUUUGUAAUAUUUUUGUAUCAAUAAAUCGAGUUUUAAAAGAUAGAGAGAUAAUGGUUUUAAUGGGCUUGUUUUGCUUCUGCGGUAGUUUGUUGUGUGGCACGCUUGACCAGCUCGCU